AACGUAUUUUUCAUUAUUAAAAUGAUUGAUGAUACGCACUAUUCCCUGGGAAGAAGAGGACGAGCAGAAAUAGAAAAACAUCUAACAAGCAAGCAGCCAUUCAUARAGGCUUAAUCUUCCGACAAACGGAGAUUCUACAUCUGAUAAAUUCCAUUGGGCGAGUCUGAAUAUCCAUCAGAAUGGACGCAGCGGCUGAUACCUCCAGCGAUCGGAACGACGAAGUUGACCAGGAAAUGCUUGAUCUGUUUGCCAUAAUGAACAGCACAGUGGUUGAAUUACAAAUAGAAAUUGAUCGAUUAGAAUCGAACRAGUACAAACAUUCAUUCAAGGGCUACGAUAGUGGAAGCAAUUCCGAUGAUCGUGACGAUAACGAGAAAGAAAAAAGAAAUCAAAAGCCUCACGUACAAGRAAAGGAACGAGUUAAACAACGGCAACGAUGUUGUCUGCAAACCCACGUAAUGAAGGGUUCCGUUUCAUCGUCCAAGGUUUAUGUCUCGGGAAAAGAAARAUGUGCGGCACAAAAAGAGGRCGAAGAAAAGGAAGGAAUAGCUAUAAUGACGAUGACGCUGGACGAYGACGACRACGGAGGUACAAAUGGGAUUCAUUGGGACCRGAUCAAGCCCGUAGUGGCURGUGAUCCAGACUAUGUACCUGUUGCUGCUCCGACCGCCCACUUUGACAGAAUCGAACCAGCAAAGGCCGGCGAUCCGGACUACGUCCCCGUGACCGACUACACCCCUACCGCACCGUUUCUAAGACGACUUAGUACCAAAUUUAGGUCAUGGUUGCAAUAACUCCAAAAAAUGGAACAUUGCGGUUAGAUUAUUUGGAAUCAUGUUUGUWGUUACUACUUUGUUAGCUGGCAUACCCAAGAAGCUAGUAUUGGAAACAAAAACCUAGCAAUCCUAGAAUAUGUAACGACAAAGCAGUAUUUUGGCACCAACCGCCAAAUUACUAGUAAAGGUACCACUGUUAUUAYAAUUAUUUUUAUUUCAUACCAUUCUUGAAAUAUACAGAAACAAAGUUCGGGUCUGCUCCGAUCUUGCACGACAAGUGGGCUCUAAGUUUUGUAAACAWUCWCUGGAUCUCAUUUCCUUAUUUUUUGGUUAGAAGUGYGAGGCAUUUAUCCACACAUGAAUWACGAGUAGCUAGUGAAUAACCUCACUCUUCAUUG